CAUUGACCCUGGCCAUGUUAUUUUUCCUUAUAAGCAAACAAAUGGGAAAACAGUCCAAUUCCUUAUUCGUUGCAUUGAUGAAACUCCUGUUCAGACUUCUAAUAGAUUACCUUGGAGGCAGCGCUGUUAGUUACUUUCUCAAGAUCUGAGGAACUUCAUCACUCCUUUUUUUCACCUUACUUCUUACAGAACUCUUUCCAUAUAAGAUAGAAGAGUUUGACUGCAGCACUGGCACCUCACUGGAUAACACCAUCAGCAGAAGCACAACUUAUAUCAUCAAAAAUACAUCAAAAACUUGUCAGAUUUAUAAUCAGACAGAUAGGUCCUUUUGGAUGUGGUCCCAAUGCAGAAUGAUACUGACUGUCGCUAAACCGAGCUGAAACUGAUGCCAUCUGCUCGGCCUGUGCGAGGCCAUGAGUGGAAAAAACUCUUCGGAAGAGGUUUUUUUGAUUGAUGCGCCUCCAAGAUGCCAAAAUGACUUCAAGCAAAAGGGAAAAGAGAUGUUCCGGAGAACGCUGGGGAGUUGUUUGUUCGGCAUUUUCAGAGGGGCACAGUAUGCCAGCAACAAAAGGACGACUCCCUCCACUGACGCCUGGUCAGAAAGCCACACCCGUCUGCACCAGCUCCAUCCACCUGAGCCCCUGCAGGCCCCGUCCAGCACUGGCAAACCCGUUGGCUCCUCUACCGGCCUCCUCGGGGCCAACAGUGGCAUCCAGAACCCCGGUGGCACUGGUACUGGUGUCAGCCCGGUCCUUGCUUGGCAUGCCGCCAUUAGCGCUGCUCGCCAAGCGCAGGGCGAUGUUGAAAAGCCCGACAUGACUUCACGGCCCUCAGUUUGCACCACUGGAACAGCUCCUGUGGGCUCACUGGCACAGAGGAAGAGGCAGCAGUACGCCAAAAGCAAAAAACAGGGGGGAUCUACCAACAGCAGGCCACCCAGAGCUCUAUUCUGCCUCACCCUCAACAACCCCAUCCGCAGGGCCUGCAUCAGCUUGGUGGAGUGGAAACCAUUUGAUAUCUUUAUACUGCUGUCUAUUUUUGCCAACUGUGUGGCCUUAGCCAUCUACAUCCCUUUCCCCGGAGACGACUCCAACUCUACCAACCAAGAACUGGAAACAGUAGAAUAUGCCUUCCUGAUCAUUUUCACUAUAGAGACAUUUCUGAAGAUUAUUGCCUACGGCCUGGUCAUGCACCAAAACUCCUACGUUAGAAACGGCUGGAACAUGCUGGACUUUGUCAUCGUCAUAGUGGGGUUGUUCAGUGUGGUUCUGGAGAUGAUAACCAAAGACGCUGACUCUGGUGGCCAGUCUGGAGGCAAACCUGGAGGGUUUGAUGUCAAGGCCCUCCGAGCCUUUCGCGUGCUACGACCCCUUCGCCUUGUCUCUGGAGUUCCUAGUUUACAGGUGGUGUUAAACUCCAUUAUUAAAGCCAUGGUUCCCCUGCUUCACAUUGCUCUUCUGGUCCUCUUUGUCAUUAUCAUCUAUGCCAUCAUCGGCCUGGAGCUCUUCAUUGGCAAAAUGCAUGCCACAUGCUACGUGAUACAAACAGGUGCCCUCGCAGAAGAAGAGCCCACGCCGUGUGCAGUAUCAGGGCAUGGCCGUCAUUGCCUGCUCAAUGGUACACUUUGCAAAGAGGGCUGGCAAGGCCCCAACAACGGCAUCACCAACUUUGACAAUUUUUUGUUUGCCAUGCUCACUGUGUUCCAGUGCAUCACCAUGGAGGGCUGGACUGAUGUUCUCUAUUGGAUGAAUGAUGCAAUGGGCUUUGAGCUGCCGUGGGUCUACUUUGUCAGUCUGGUCAUCUUUGGAUCCUUCUUUGUUCUCAAUUUGGUUUUGGGUGUGUUGAGCGGAGAGUUUUCCAAAGAGCGAGAGAAGGCCAAGGCUCGGGGAGAUUUCCAGAAGCUACGUGAGAAACAGCAGCUAGAGGAAGACCUGAAAGGCUACCUGGACUGGAUCACCCAGGCCGAGGAUAUCGAUCCCGAGAAUGAGGAGGAGGGAGACGAGGAGGGCAAGCGUAACCCGAGCAUGCCCAGUGAGACAGAGUCAGCGAACACAGAGAAUCACAAUGGAGAGGAGGACAAAUCCCGCUGCUGUGGGCCGCUGUGUCGUCAGUGGCGACGGUGGAACCGUUUCUGCCGCAGGAAGUGUCGUGCAGCCGUGAAGUCUGUGACGUUUUAUUGGCUGGUCAUCAUCUUGGUGUUCCUCAACACUCUCACCAUCGCCUCUGAGCACUACAACCAACCAAACUGGCUGACGGAAGUACAGGACGCAGCCAACAAAGUUCUCCUGGCGAUGUUCACCUUGGAGAUGCUAGUGAAGAUGUACAGUUUGGGGCUGCAGGCGUACUUUGUGUCCCUGUUUAACCGCUUCGACUGUUUUGUAGUGUGUGGAGGAAUCGUGGAGACCAUCCUGGUGGAGCUGGCCAUCAUGUCUCCACUGGGCAUCUCUGUUUUCCGUUGCGUACGACUCCUUAGGAUCUUCAAAGUUACACGUCAUUGGGCAUCUCUCAGUAACCUGGUGGCCUCUCUGCUCAACUCCAUGAAGUCCAUCGCCUCCCUGUUGCUGCUGCUCUUCCUCUUCAUCAUAAUUUUCUCCCUGCUUGGCAUGCAGCUUUUUGGGGGCAAGUUCAACUUUGACGAGACUGUGACCAAAAGGAGCACAUUUGAUAACUUCCCCCAGGCCCUACUCACUGUGUUCCAGAUCUUGACAGGAGAAGACUGGAAUACUGUGAUGUAUGAUGGUAUCAUGGCGUACGGCGGUCCGGCCUCCUCGGGAAUGGUGGUCUGCAUUUACUUCAUCAUCCUCUUCAUCUGUGGAAACUACAUUCUGCUGAAUGUCUUCUUGGCCAUCGCUGUCGACAACCUGGCAGACGCAGAAAGCCUCAACACAGCACAGAAGGAGGAAGAGGAGGCCAAGAAGAGGAAGAAUAGUGCCAAGGAUGCAAGCGCAGAUAAGAGAGUUGAAACAAUAGACAUCAAGGACGGAGAGACCAAGGUUCCAGCAGAGGUCUUGCUGGAGGAAGACAAGGAGUCGUACCCUGCCAUCGACUCUCCAGUGUGUGACGAUGACGACGAUAAUGGCGUUCUCCCAGAAGUCCUGCCAGGGCCUCGCCCUCAGAGGCUGUCUGACCUCACCAUCAAAGAGAAGACUCCACCCAUCCCAAUGGGCAGCGCCUUCUUCAUCUUCAGCAGCACUAACCCAUUUCGCGUAUUCUGCCAUAAGCUGAUCAACCAUCAGAUCUUCACCAACCUCAUCCUGGUCUUCAUCAUGCUCAGCUCCGUCUCUCUGGCUGCUGAGGACCCAAUACGCAACUUCUCUGCUCGCAAUAUCAUACUUGGUUAUUUUGACUAUGCUUUCACCGCAAUCUUUACUGUUGAGAUCCUGUUGAAGAUGACAGCGUUUGGAGCGUUCCUUCAUAAAGGGGCGUUCUGUAGAAACUACUUCAACCUUUUAGACCUGCUGGUCGUUGGUGUGUCUCUGGUCUCCUUUGGCAUUCAGUCCUCUGCUAUCUCAGUGGUGAAGAUUCUCCGUGUUUUGAGAGUCCUCCGUCCACUCAGGGCCAUCAACAGAGCCAAGGGACUAAAGCAUGUGGUCCAGUGUGUGUUUGUGGCCAUCAGGACCAUCGGCAACAUCAUGAUCGUCACCACUCUGCUGCAGUUCAUGUUCGCUUGUAUCGGCGUGCAGCUCUUCAAGGGUAAAUUUUAUCGCUGCACAGAUGAUGCAAAAUCCAGCCCAGAUGAAUGCAAAGGCACCUACAUUCUAUACAACAAUGGGGACACGGCGCUGCCCAUGGUGAGGGAGAGGAUCUGGUACAACAGCGACUUCAACUUUGACAACGUCCUCAUGGCCAUGAUGGCUCUUUUUACUGUCUCCACAUUCGAAGGAUGGCCCACUCUCCUGUACAAGGCCAUCGACUCCAACAGAGAGAACAUGGGUCCCAUCUACAACUACCGAAUCGAGAUCUCCAUCUUCUUCAUUAUCUACAUCAUCAUCAUCGCCUUCUUCAUGAUGAACAUCUUUGUUGGUUUUGUUAUUGUCACCUUUCAGGAGCAGGGGGAGAAGGAGUAUAAGAACUGCGAGCUGGAUAAGAACCAGCGUCAGUGUGUGGAAUAUGCUCUUAAAGCUCGUCCUCUGCGGCGCUACAUCCCCAAAAACCCCUACCAGUACAAGUUCUGGUAUGUGGUCAACUCUACUGGCUUUGAAUACGUCAUGUUUGUCCUAAUCAUCCUCAACACCCUGUGUCUGGCCAUUCAGCAUCAUGGUCAGUCUCAUCUGUUUAACUAUGCCAUGGACAUCCUCAACAUGGUCUUCACUGGGGUUUUCACUGUGGAGAUGAUACUCAAGCUCAUCGCCUUCAAACCCAGAGGCUAUGUCGGGGACGCCUGGAACGUCUUCGAUGCUCUGGUCGUGAUUGGCAGUGUAGUCGACAUCAUACUCAGUCAGGCUUUUGAUUUCAAGUCGGCAGCCAUUCCUGUCGUCAAGGUGAUAGUGGAGCCAGGGAACACAGAGGACAGCGCUCGCAUCUCCAUCACCUUCUUCCGCCUGUUUAGAGUGAUGCGGUUGGUCAAACUUCUGAGCCGGGGGGAGGGCAUCAGGACUCUGCUGUGGACUUUCAUCAAGUCCUUCCAGGCUCUUCCCUACGUUGCACUCCUGAUCGCCAUGCUGUUCUUCAUCUAUGCUGUAAUUGGAAUGCAGGUAUUUGGGAAAAUAGCCAUGGUAGAUGGGACACAAAUCAACCGCAACAACAACUUUCAAACCUUUCCUCAAGCUGUCCUGAUGCUCUUCAGGUGUGCCACAGGUGAGGCCUGGCAGGAGAUCAUGCUAGCCUGUCUGCCGGGGAAGCUUUGUGAUUCAGAGUCGGACUACAACCCUGGAGAGGAAAGAACCUGUGGCAGCGGCUUUGCCAUUAUAUACUUCAUCAGCUUCUACAUGCUCUGUGCUUUCCUGAUCAUCAACCUGUUUGUUGCUGUCAUCAUGGAUAACUUUGACUAUCUGACCCGUGAUUGGUCCAUUCUUGGGCCGCAUCACCUGGAUGAGUUUAAAAGGAUCUGGUCUGAAUAUGACCCUGAGGCCAAGGGCAGGAUAAAGCACCUUGAUGUGGUGACUCUGCUGAGGAGGAUCCAGCCUCCACUUGGGUUUGGCAAGCUCUGCCCUCACAGAGUGGCCUGUAAGCGUCUGGUGGCGAUGAACAUGCCCCUAAACAGCGAUGGGACAGUCAUGUUUAAUGCCACCUUGUUUGCUCUGGUCCGCACUGCUCUCAAGAUUAAGACUGAGGGUAACCUGGAGCAGGCCAAUGAGGAGCUUAGAGCUGUGAUUAAGAAGAUCUGGAAGAGAACCAGCAUGAAGCUGCUGGACCAAGUGGUGCCUCCUGCAGGCGAUGACGAGGUAACAGUGGGGAAGUUCUAUGCCACCUUCCUGAUACAGGACUACUUCAGGAAGUUCAAGAGGCGCAAAGAGCAAGGGCUUGUAGGAAGGCGCUCGUGGGAGAGACUGAACACAACCAUGGCUCUACAGGCUGGCCUGCGCACGCUGCAUGACAUUGGACCAGAGAUCCGUCGAGCCAUAUCAUGUGACCUGCAAGAGGGGGGCCUGGUAGAUGCUAAUGGAGAGGAAGAAGAAGAAAUCUACAGGCGUAACGGUGGUCUUUUUGGGAACCAUGUCAACCAUGUCACUACUGAUCAGCAAGGCUACUCUCACCCGACCACUGUCACCCAACGGCCGCUACAGAUCCUGCCCUUUUCCUGUAGUGCCUCAACUGAACCCGUCCAAACAGGCAGGAGAGCCAGCGACGUCGACCAGGGAGGGGAGACAGAGAUGAACUCUUCGCCCAUCCAGUAUAACCAUCAUUAUCACACCCCUCAUCCGUAUAAUUAUCCUCACUGUAUUUCCACUUGCCAUCAAUCGCCAAUACCCUCCAAUGCCAACCUCAACAACGCCAACGUGCCCUCACUUCUCUCCAUGACCAACGGGAGGCAGCAGAAGUGUUUGUUAAGGCGAGACCGCCCAUCCUCUACCAAAAAUGGAUCAUCGGUGUCCACUUACAGCAAAGGAGUACACGACAAACUUUGGAAGUCACACUCCAUAAGGACACGAUACUAUGAGACCUACAUUAGGUCAGAAAGUGGCGGUGUGCUCUACCCCACCAUUCGGCGAGAGGAGCCAGGGGGCGGGGACAGUGAUGACGAGCGGGGCUCUGGAGAGUACUACAGUGGGGAGGAGUUUCAUGAAGACGACAUCAUGCUCACAAAGGACAGGUUGUCCAACAAGGACCACCAUGACGCAGAGGGAGACUCUGAACUCGAGGUUUCCAAGGGCGAACACCAGCAUGAUGGUUUCUAUGACGAUGACCAACAGCCGAUCUACCAAGAUGGCAGGCGGUCACCUAGGAGAUGGCUUUUACCCUCACCUCAACCCUCCAACAGACCAACAUUUAGUUUUGAGUGUCUUCGCAGAAGAAGUAGUCAGGAUGACGCUCCUCCUUCGCCAACCUGCACAGCUCUUCCACUACACCUGGUGCAGCAACAGGUGAUGGCGGUGGCCGGUCUCGAUGCCAGCAGAAUUCACCGCCUAUCUCCCACACGGUCGCUUCGCUCUUGGGUCACGCCUCCUGCUUCACCCAUCAGCCGCGACUGCUCACCCUGCUACACACCACUCAUACAGGUGGACUGGCGCAGUCCUGGCAGCGUUAGCAGCAUCCCCGGAGCAGUGAAGAGGAGUUCGUGGUAUACAGACAGCCUGGACGGUCCUCCCAGCCGCAGCCACUCUCCGUCGCGUCUGCAGUUACCUGCUGAGAGCUGCUCACGCUUCCUGCAGAAGAGAGGCAGCGCCAACAGUGUGGUGGAGGCUGUCCUGAUCUCUGAGGGUCUGGGGAAAUUUGCCAGGGACCCCAACUUUGUGUCAGCGACCACACACGAAAUCGCAGACGCCUGUGAGAUGACCAUCGAUGAGAUGGAGAGCGCUGCCAGUAACCUGCUGAACGGGAGCAUGGGUAACGGCAGCACCGGGGGACCGGGGAGCACCAGCUCGGACCCACAUGCCAACGCGCAUCUUAGAGACAGCAGUAUACGCGACUACAGCGACGAGGAGCCGUACGUGGCUGUGAAAUGCGAGGAGGACCUAACAGACGAGAUGAUAUGCAUCACGUCGCUAUAGCAGCGGCUCACAUGGGAUUAUUUAGGUUUUUUCAAUUUAAUUUCUACUACUGUUCCACAGUGAGGGGACGUCUCUGUUCAGCAGCGUCCUGCAACAGACAGAAGAUGUCAAACAUGGAUGGAUAAGAGAACAAAGUGCCUUGUUUUCUCUUUCUGUGGAGUGGAGAAUGGAAACGUGGGAGAGUUGAGAGAAACAGAUGGCUUUUUGGAAGAGCUGAGAUAUAUUCAAACCAGAGGGAAUCAGUCCACUCGCCAGCUGCCUGUCAUUUAGCAGGAAUUCAGGGUACAGCUGAAUAACCUGCCAGCCUCGCACAGCCAGCCCAGAGCUCGUCCUCUUCAGGAUAUUUUUAUUGUUUGUGCAAUGUACUGCAACACUUUGUUUUCAAAAUGAAAUAGCAACAUUGAUGGCUUUAAUUUGAGCAUGUUUGCAUCCAUAUUGAGUGAACAAUGUCGGGAUUGUGGGCCUUUCAUUCUUCUACUACACUGCCCUAAAAUCAUGUGGUUUUGUAAAAACCAGGCCUUGAAUCACACACUGUUCACUCAAUAUGAAGAGCCAAUAAAACAGAAAACAUGUCACCUUUUAAACUCAUUGAUAAGUGACUGAAAGAGUAAAGCUGGCUUUGCAAAGCUGCAUUUGUACUGCUGCAAAAUGUUUUUGGCUUUCCAACAACUCCCUGUUGAGUUUCAUGUCAUGUAUAUAUAAUGUGUGAUUUUAACCUUCAGAGGUCAUGAGACACUGGUUCUUUACAUUACAUUUUGGCCUCCAUGACUCAAAUAACACAACACAUUAUUUUUUUGUUAAUUUAUUUCAGCUAAUCUCAGUGCAGAGUGACGGUCACGCUGAUCUGGGUUCAGGGUUAAACGUCGCUUGUCUCAGUACUUGACUUGAAAAGGAAAUCACAUAUCAACGAAAAAGACUUUGUCCUCAGGCAUAUCCUUCUCUUUAACGUGCACACUGGUAUGACACACAGAAACAUAUCUCACAGUGUGUUUCUGUGUGUCACAUCAUCCUCCCCUUAACACCAACAAUUGACACUAAAUUUACAGCCAUUUUACUGACUCGAUUACUUUAAAUACCCUGAAAAUAAAGGAAAAUUUAGGAUUGUAGUACAGUGUCACACUUGUUUUCAUAGUGAUUAUCAAAGCCCCUUCAUUACUGUGAGGAGAGACCAUUUCAUUGUUAGACUCACUCACAAUAUGCAAAGAUUCACUUCACUCAGACCUGCUUUAGACUAAUAGAAGUUAUGAAGACAAGACAAAAUGCUUGGUUUUAAAUUAGUCAGCAAAAUGAGACAACAAAAAGGAACCAGACUCCUGCCUGAUUGUGUAAGCACUAUCUAAACAAGACUAAUAUGAUCAUCUGACAUCAUUCCCAAGUCAUGGCUUUGCUUCCAGGCUAUUUGAGUACCUGUAAAUACCUAAUCACCACAUUUGAUUGGUUUCACCUGCCAAGCAGCAAAAAAAAAAAACCUAACUGGAAUUUAUCUUCAGGCGUCUGAACGCUUGUUUCAUCACAAGUCUUGUUAGGUAGAUAGAUCUGUGACACAUAGAUGUGAUAUUUGCUGUUUGUCACUGUCCACAUGUUGUAUAUAUAAAACGCCACAACAGGAAAAGGAAACUGUCAUAUUAUUUGUGUUUUUGGAAUGAAAUGAUGGAUGUCAGCUGUUGCCUCUUGUUUAAAGGCUGCUGCCUGUGAAAGUACAACUACACAACCUAGAAACACUACAGAGCAGCAACAUUUCUCACCAGCUGCUCUUCACCUUUGCUCCGCCACUAGCCGGUGUUCGUCUACCACUGCCAACUGUAAUAAUGUCUUCAGGUCAACUUUUACAAACCAACACUGGAUCGUGGCAGGGCAAUCCUCAAUCAAAAUACAGUUGUCAGGGCAACAUGUUUGAUCUGUGCAAUCAAAGGGCUCCUUCAAAUAUAAAACCAAAACAAGUAGUGCAUUUACACGCACAUCAAUCUUCAAAUACUAUUCCAGAUACGUCGAUUUUAUUCCGUUUUUAAGUUGCUGUUGUUGUUGAAGAGUACACUGUUUAUUGUGUACAAUCAUGACAACGGGUUGAUGCCAAUAUUAAAAAGUUAUUGAUUUUUGUUGGGUACAAUUAAUAAUGAAUAUGUGGAGGUUAAUUAAACCUGAGCUGGUAUCUGGAAUACUCUUCGUAUGUACUGUAAAUGCACUCAUUCCUUUCUCAUAUAUAUAUAUAUAUAUAUAUAUAU